AUGAUCACCACAGAAGCCUUGUAUGGGUACGAGUACCUGGGAAACUCCCCACGGCUGGUGAUCACACCCCUCACUGACCGCUGCUACAGGACACUGAUGGGUGCUUUGAAGCUGAACCUUGGGGGAGCUCCAGAGGGCCCAGCUGGAACAGGCAAGACAGAGACCACCAAAGACCUGGCCAAAGCUUUGGCUAAGCAGUGUGUGGUCUUCAACUGCUCAGAUGGUUUGGAUUACAAGGCCAUGGGGAAGUUCUUCAAGGGGCUGGCUCAGGCUGGAGCAUGGGCCUGUUUUGAUGAGUUCAACCGGAUUGAGGUAGAGGUGCUAUCUGUGGUAGCCCAGCAGAUACUCAGUAUUCAACAAGCCAUUGUCUGGAAGCUGAAGACAUUCAUCUUUGAAGGUACUGAACUCUCUCUGAACCCAACCUGUGCCGUCUUCAUCACCAUGAACCCUGGGUAUGCUGGCAGGGCUGAGCUGCCAGACAACCUCAAGGUAAAUGAGCCUGUAUAUGCAUAAACC